AUGGCUGCAUUGGCGCGGGCGCUGGGGCGCGGGCGAUCGGGAGGUAUGAUGCGAGCCAUAGCGCGCGGGAGAGGAUUUUCCAGCGCUCAAUCUUCCCCAUCGGAGCCGGAAUCGUCACCAGGGACUGGAUCGAGCAAGAACAUUGGAAGCUCUCGAUUGUGGAAAUGGAUGAAAAAUCUCCUGGAAUGCCCGGAAACAGAUGUCGAGACACUUGCAAAGAGGAAGAUCCUCAAUGUCCGUAAAGGUGAAACUUUGUCGAAGAUCAGGUUCGUGGAUUUGAACGAGUGCCUGGAGAUGGUGGACUCGGCCAAGGACGAAGAGAAGAGCUUCCAGGACUUCUUUUGUUUGGGGAAGCUCUACACCAUUCAAGGAUCUGCGGACAAGGUCUUGCUUUGCGCUGAAAAGGCCGCAAAGCUCGUGCCGCAAGGCUCGGUCUUCCAUGCUUUAUGCUUACACCUAGAGGCGGACGGAUUUUUUCUUAACAAGGACUACGCAAAGUGUAUGCAAAAGCUCAAGCUGGUGCUGGAGCUCCUUGACAAGGACGAGGACGAGACUACUGAACUUAUACGGGCAGAGACGGAGAUUCGGGUGGCCGAAGUUCUGGUUGCUACUCGGAAGUUCCAGGAGGCUCUGCCGCUGUUUCUCUCAAGCAUCGCGAAGAAGGAGAAGCUUUGCGAUGAUAAGCGGGCAUUUGUGGACGACUACAUCCACACUGCCGAGGCCCUGGUAGAGCUCGGUCGAUAUCCAGAGGCUGCCGAGCAGUGCAGGAAAGCGCUGGAUUCUGCUGAAGACGGAACUUUCGAUGAGGCCAGGUCUCGAAGGCUGCUCGGAGUCGUGUACAGAGGCUUGAAGCAGCUUCCAAAGUCUAUCGAGGAGCUCAAGGUGGUGAAAGAGCUUGCCCUGAAGCAUGGGAGGAACGAGGAUGCGAGGUGGAUUGAGCUGGAGCUUGCGCAGUGUUACAUGGACUCGGAGAAGUACGAGGAAGCAAAAGAGGUUCUUAAUGCAGUCCUGGACGAUGAGGAAGUUCGUGGCCGCCUGAAGGGAUUUGCUCACGCCUGCUUCGCGAGAAUCUGCGUGCUGGAAAACGAGGCGGACGAGGCAAUUGCACACACCGAAGAGGCAUCUAUGAUCUUGCGAAAGAACAAGGGCGUCACUCUGAAAGAUGCUGAGACGUUUGCUGAACUCGCAACGUUUUUUGAGGCGGUGAAGGACUAUGACAGUGCCAUCGAUCACUUUGAGGAAGCUCAAAGGAUUUACGUGAACUUCCCAGAAGCAGUAACUUCUUUGGCAGAAACGUAUGCCCGGGUUGGACACAUCUACUUGGUCAUGGAGAAGAGUGAGACUGCCGUGUCGAUUCUUGGGCGCGGUGUGAAGCUGAUUGAAGACAAAGUUGGCAUAGAUCAUCCUGAUCUCGGCGACAUGCUGAACACAAUGGGGGUUGCCAACUUGGGUCUUAAGAACUUGGUAUUGGCUUCGGGGCAGUUUGAGCGAGCGAAGGUGAUUUCCGUGAAGCAUUUCGGCACUGGCCAUCCAAACACAGUGGCCGCAACCAUUAACAUGGUCACUGCGUACUCCUCGCUCAACAGGUGGGACAAGGCGAUAAAAUGCCAGACUGAGGUGGUGAAGCAUCUCGAAGAACAGAAAGCACAGCCGGAGGUGGUAGAGAAGCACAGAGAUACGCUGCAGAAACUGCAGCUAAUCCAGGAAAACGCUGCGACGGUGGCUCACUCCGCGGGCAUAAGUUGAUACGUUUUAGAUGCUCGUAAAAACAAGAAGAAGGAUGUGCACAAACCCGACGAAACAGGUUUGGAAGCAGUUUUUAAACAAUCGCCGUCUAUGCAUCAGGGUUGAUUCAGAUGGACUCUGUUUUUAAGAAGGUUGAUCAUCUUUUGCUGCU